CGCAUGUCCUCUUCAGCAGCUCGUUGACAGGACGGUUAUCAAACGGUCAACGUAUGUCUCACCGAGAUUACUUGUCGUAUCCUUGGUGAUGAACGUGUACGUCUUGUCCAGUUGGCGUUUUCUGUAUUAUGUCAUAAUCAAUUUGACGCCAGCGAGCCACACAUGUGAAUUGGCGAUUAUUUCCAAACCUUUCCCAUGCUGUUCCUGUUUAAUUCAACCUGUUUUGAAUGGACUAGAGAUAUUCUGUGUUUUUCUUGUCUUUCUUAACAAUGUCGCGACGCGCGUCACAGCGGAUAAUUUUGGCGCCGAGACGUGUAAGCCGAUCGUCCAACCAAAUUUGACAUCAGAGCCUUCCGCGAGCCUUCCUAUAGGAGACGGCAGCUAUUAUAGGAUCUUAUCUUCGCACGGAAGGCAAGAAGAGUCGAAGUUAUUCACAAGCUUCUCAGGCGUCUUUCGGCCAAAGAGUGCCGCGCUGGAAGCUCCAUCACUGUUUAAAUUGCGUUCCGCCGCACAUCCGUGUGGCGUGCCGAGCCCAAUACCCAGGGUUUCUGGAUGUUCCCUGGGGAGUCUCCUUUCGAUAAAGUAUACUAAAUCACUUUUUCUUCUGAAGAAAGCUUGCUAUUUUGGAAGACCAGCACCUCCUUGUUGAACGUUCCCGGCGGUAAGAAAGGUCUCGCUAAAUCAUAUUCGGACCGGAUCACCUGAUACAAUUAAGCGGAACGCUUUCCCGUUCUUGCCGCGACGGUGUCUCUC